AUCCUACAGGUUAUGAGCCUGCUGCUUUUCUGUUCUCGCUAGUAAAGGCAACGUUAUUUCCAAUUCUCCUUCUGACAUCGCGCCAUUGCUACGUGUUUUUGCAUCAGCUGUAAGUUCAUACUCUUCUCUAUACGCAAACGUCAAUCGUGAGAAGCAAUAAUAAUGGAGGCAUGUAAUGCUGUUGAGCGCGAAGUGGAUAAGGUUCUGUUGAAAUUCGGUGCUAUUAACGAACAUGCAGAAACAGUGUUACACGAUCUGAUAAGUCACAUCGAAUCCCUUAAAAGAGAUUUAGAAGCAGCACCAUCCGGAAAUGAAGUGACACCCGAUCAAGUACAGGUAUUAAAACAAGCAAUGACAAAAGUACGUGAUACUGUGAUAAAGUUGGCAACAGAUCAUCGCGACUUGCAUAGUACAGUCUCCAAAGUGGGUAAGGCUAUAGACAGAAAUUUCAUUGCUGACUUUGCCAGUACUAGCAGAGAAGAUGUAUUCUGUGGGCCGGAGAAGUCUCAUCUUCUAAAUCAAGUAAUCUGUCAACACUUUUAUCGCCAAGGAAUGUUAGAUAUUGCUGAUGAAUUAGCAGCAGAGGCUGGAAUUAAAACCGAUGAAGGUAGAAAAGAGCCAUUCACAGAAUUAAAUUUUAUAUUAGACUGUUUAAAACAGAGAAAUCUUGAACCAGCGCUAGAAUGGGCUAAGAAACACAGAGAAGCACUAAUGGCACAGAAUUCUUCUCUUGAGUUCAAACUGCACCGAUUACAGUUUAUAAGACUAGUUCAACAAGGCCCCUGUAAACAGACAGAGGCUAUAUUGUAUGCUCGUCAAAAUCUCACACGAUUCGUUGGACGUCACGAGAAGGAAGUACAAUCUUUGAUGGGCACUUUACUUUAUUUACCACAUGGAAUCCAAUCAUCUCCUUACAGUCACUUGUUGAAUCCAACUUUAUGGCUCGAGAUACACGACGUUUUCACCAGGGAAGCAUGCAUGUUAUUAGGCUUAAGCGUUGACAGUCCACUCUCUGUUUGUAUCAACGCAGGAUGUACCGCAUUACCCGCGUUGUUAAAUAUCAAACAAGUCAUGCAGCAAAGACAAGUAACCGGCAUUUGGAAUGGUAAAGACGAGUUACCUAUCGAAAUAGACUUGGGUAAGCAAGGCCGCUAUCAUUCUGUUUUCGCCUGUCCUAUUCUUAGACAGCAGAGUACAGAAAGCAAUCCACCGAUGAAGCUAGUUUGCGGGCACGUUAUAUCACGUGACGCAUUAAAUAAACUCACCAACGCGAAUAAAAAUCAAUUUGUUUCAAGGUUGAAAUGUCCCUACUGCCCAGUGGAACAGAAUCCUGAAGACGCGAGACUUAUUUAUUUUUAGGCUGUGAUAUAUAUUAUAUACAUGUGUAAAAAGCUAGUUUUGCAGUUUCUUUGUAUAAUGGAUUAUAUAUUAAAAGAGGAACAACAAUACAUAACACAACAGGUAAUAAUCGACAGAUCGUAACAGAGCUCCAUACUCUACACUCAUCGUCAAUAAUUGUAUCGUUCUAAUGGGCGCUUUUGUUUGUUACAAUAUUGAAAUUGAUUCCAUCUUUUCCACAAGAUGCAGACGUAAGACCGUUAACUAGUAUUAGCUUCACAGUCAUUUUAAGAUCAGUUCUUUGAUAUCGGGACAUAGAUAAGAAGAAAAAAAAAGGAGGAACUGUGAUAGCUUUAAUAUUUGUGAGGUAGAUGUAAUUGUGCAAUUGUAUCGUAGGUAGACAAUUUAUAUUAUCCUAGAUUAAGAGGAGAUUUCAGCUAUCCAUGCGAUUGACAAGUUAAGAGCCAUAAAUGUAUGUCUAAGACGCCUAACAAAUUUGUUAUGAGAUUCUUUCCGUAUAAUUGUUCAUUUUUCAUUUCAAUUGUACCAGCUUGGUAAAUGAAAAUCAUUUUAUAAAUA